GGGCGAUGGAUAAAACGCGUUGUGGACACGGAGCAGGCGACGUCAUACUUCUUUGACCGAAAGUGCUCCCUGUAGUAUUCACCGUCUCCAGUGGCUGCCCUCCGUGAAGAUGUAGUCAGCUCGGUUGCCAGGGAGAUGUCUUUGAACAAGAUCUCCUCCGCCCUGUUACCGUGGUUUCUGUGCCUGUCCUUCCUGCCGUCCCGCAUCGCCUGGACAACAGAGUCCACCCCCACUUCAGCGGCUGUCACCCCUGUCUCUGCCGUCGCCACCGAGCCGGCUAUCAUCAACAACAACAACAACAUGCUGUUCUUUCAGGACAGCGUCCCCGGUGGCGGCCUCCGCUACUGCAGCUGCCCGGCGCCGGUGCUCCACUGCGAUGAAACUCUGGCUGAACUUCAGUGCAGCUGCCGCAGCGUCUCACCCACCGCGCUGCCCCCUGCUGGCCUGAGCGAGCCCCGCGUUCUGGUGACGGUGUGGCUGAGGGACACGGGGCUCCUCCAGGACCUGCUCAACGGGAGCCGGGUCAGCCACCUGCAGCUGGUCUCCUGCGGAGGGAAGCCCCUGAACUCCCAGCACCUGGCUCUGCUGGGCCUCCUCACCCUGAAGAUCCACAGCAGCGCCCAGGGGGCGCCCUAUCCCGACCAGGAGCUCUCCAUAGUCAUGCCAGCUGCCCGGGUUUUGUCAUCGUCGUCUUCUGUGGAGGAGUUGGAGGAGGAGGAGGGAGCGGGUAGGGGUGUCCCCCCCCCCCUCCGCCUGACCUUCCUGGACGUAGCGCUGCUUAACGGGUUGUCGGCCCUCAAGGCGUACAGUGUGACGGGGCAGUCGUUGUCCUCCCUGGAGACGCAGUUCCCCCGUCUGCCUCUGGCUCUCCUGCUGCAGUCCGCCGCCACCCCGACCCCUGGGGACAGCACAGGGUCACAUGACCAGGUCAGAGACCCCGACGGCGAGUGGGUCCUCACCUUUGUCUACUGACGGCAGGCUCAGUGACCGGUAUGAUGUAGGGGCUUUUAUGAGGUGGGUGGAUGCAGACCAGCGCUACUGCCAGAUGCUCCGUUCACCCGCUAUAACUGAAUCUUUGCAAAGGAAAUGCUUAACAGUUUGGAAUGUGUAAUUCUCUAUUAUUGGGUGCAGUGGAGGGAAAGAGUUGGAUUAUAUUGGCUGGCCGGCAAAGUGUGUCGUUUGUGGAAAAAAAAAAGCUCAAUUUAAUUCUCAGGCAUUUAUUUAUUUUUGAGAGAGAGAUUGUUGAAUUGGCACUUUUUACACGAUUGUUCUAACACUGUGUUGUCCCCAAAAACUGAACAAGGGACAACAUUGAAGUUAUUCUGCUUUUUAACCAGAGCAUGGCCAAUGUCUGCAUUGUUAAGCUAAAUACACAUCACAAUGGUUUCAUACCAGGUGUUCCUGCUGGAGAGAGAGAGAGAGAGAGAGAGAGAGAGAGAGAGAGAGAGAGAGAGAGAGAGAGAGAGAGAGAGAGAGAGAGACAGGGAGGGAUAGUUUAAAUUCCAGAACAUUUCUGAACAUAACGUUCCAAUGACCUGCAUACAUUUCGUGGCUAUGCUGGAUAAGUUGUUUACAUGUAUCUGCUCUUUUUAAUACAAACAUUUCUGCCGGCAUGUGUAUACACAAUAUUCCUAAUAUAUCAAUGAAGUCAGAGAGAGAGAGUGAGAGAGAGUUUAAACAGACCAAAAAGUAAACAAUAUGUUCUCAUGCCUCUGUAUAGUUACAUUGUUGUCUUGGCAACGUGUUGCCAUGGAAAUAUAUUCCUUUAUCCUCCCUAGUGGGGUGAAUAGCAUUGAUAUAUGGCUACAAGUAUUGAGGUUAUCUAAUUUAUUUCAUUCAGUCCGUUUUUUUUAACUGUUGCAGUUGAAAAGCCUAGAGUAGCGUUGACUAGUCAUCGACGUCAUCGGUGGUGGCCAUACUUAUAUUUCCCAUGAAAAAGGUGCUCUUGGAAUAGAACAGGGUGUUCCUUACUGUGGAUUGCCGACGGGUGCCAACUGAAAUGUUUGGUUUCCUGAUCCUCAACUCGAGCGUCCCUAACUGGGUUGUAAAAUAACGUCUUGACAUCCUACCUGCUCUAAUUAGUGUUCUGGUGCACACGUCUGACCAUAUAGUCAUCAUUGUGUACAGAUAGAUCUUAUAUAGAUAAGUAGGUUGUCAAUAGUAAUGAUACCACUGGAUUAGUGUUGAAAGUAUGGAGGCAGUGACAGAUGACAUCAUCGCUGAGAUUAACCGUGUCGUGCAUAUGGGGUCGUGGGUAUUGUUGACAGUAAGCUAAGGAUAUUUGGUAGUUCCUUUUUGAUCGGUGAAACGUCAUUUUGAUAUAAUGUUCCUGCAUAUAAGAAUCGACAAAUGAUUGGUGGCGAUAAGAAAACUACUACCAAACACUUGGGAUAUUGGUCACUGAAACUGAUGAUGUUAAGAAGUCGAUUGGGUUGAAGAGUAAUUGUGCAGAAGCAGAUGCAAGAAAAAAUGUAAGAACCAAAAUAAAUCAUUUCAACCUAAAGAUCGGGCCAGUAGAGGUUGGGAACCACGUGUUUACAGCGUGUUCCGUCUCUGGCGCUGUUCACCAAAAAAGACUGUCCUGACGACAUGAGAGUCAGAGGCCACGGCAGACCUCUGUGCCUGCUGUGGUAUGUUUCCAGUAUGGGACCAGUGUAGAGGCCCAGUAGGCGCUGUGCUUACAGACACCCCACCUCCCUGCUGCCUUGCUGUAGUUGUCCCAGCUGUCAGGCCUGGGCUAACAGACAGCAGAUGGUCGUCAGAUGAAAAAAAAGGGAAUAAUAAUAAUGAAGCAUGCUGUUAUGAAACAGGUUGAAAUGGACGGCCUGCGACCAAGAGGCCAGGGGUAGGGGCUAUAAAUCCCUCUUUCCUCACUCUGGUAAAAACUAAAGAGGAAGCAAGAAUCCUUCGUUGAGGCUAGUGGAGUCCAGAUUUAGCAAAGGGAGAUGAAGGUUUUCUCUGGUAUUUAGUGCUGUUAGCUGUAGUACAGAGCAGGACAUUUCAACACUAUCCUGUGCGCUCUAAGGCUUUAGGACCUGACUUUCAGUAUUGGGAGAGGCGUUGGCGAAAUCGUCCAAAAAAUCAGUUCACCACACAAUAUCGACUGCCAGAUCUCUUUCCCUCUAUCCCUUAGUCUCUCUCUCUAUUUCUCUUCCACAUUUAUAGACUAUACACAUAUGCGCUCUCUUUAACUAUAAUUUAGCUCUCUUCAAACCCGCCCUCUCUCUCUCUCUCUCUCUCUCUCUCUCUCUCUCUCUCUCUCUCUCUCUCUCUCUCUCUCUCUCUCUCUCUAUCUCUCUCUCUCCUCCCCUUCCGCCCUGGCUUUUGGUUCCAGAUUUUUUCCUGCAAGAGAGAGAAAGAGAGAGACACUGUCUUAAAACUGUUCUCACAAACACUUUCUACAGCCAACAACAUGUCUGUUCCACAGAUCAUUACCACAGAUGAGCCCGGGCUUGUGUGUGUCUGUUUGUGUGUUUGUGCAUCCAUGUGUUUUGAAGGUGUAUGCAUGUGUGUGUGUGCAUUAACUCAUGUCUGUCUGCAUGUGCAUGUGUGUCUAGUUGUGUGUAUUUUCGAGUAUGUGUAUCUUUGUUCUUUCUGUCUUUCAUACGGAUAACUAUGUCGAUGGUUCCCUGUGCGCAACAAAGACACUUGUUAAUUCCCAAUGAGAAGUGACCGAACGACCACAUCAUUCGAUGCAGGUGCUGCACGUACGAGUGUGCAGACGUAAAGAAAAACACAUGUUCGCUAGAUCGUUGACUUUUUGCUUGCCCUCUGUAAUGUUUUCCCGAUGAAGGCUCGAACAAAGUCUUGUGUUGAUCCCAAGCUUCCAAUGAUGAUUCAUUAUCACAGCCGCCCUCUGCACGUUAUCUGGCGUGUGAGCGUGGGUUCAAAGCGGGCUACUCUGUGUCUGUGUGGCAUUGUUUUUUUUCUGUUCAGAUCAUCUUUGAUAAUAUUCGGUGUUCUGUGAUGAUUCUUGUGUGGUUAGAGGUGGUGGUUAGAGGUGGUGGUGUCAGGCAGUGCUGCAGUCUGGAACUGAACUGGCUGCCUGAUGAGAACACCUUUAGGGACAGGAGAUUAUGGGAUUUGCAAAGCAGAUUUGUUAAAACAACAUUCAUUACAACAUUGAUGAAUGUGAGUAUGACUGAGUCUAGUACAAAAUGGUUUGAACCUCUUUUAAGCAUCAAAAACCAAAUGUAGAUGCAAUCUGUUCAUUUUUCUGAACUCCAUCUUGUAUUGAUAGCACAACCAGUCUACAAAAUAUAACAAUACAUAUUAUUGGUGUAGUUGCCAUACCACAAAUUAAACAUAACUGUAGGCCUACCCUAAACUAAUUUAAGGAGAAAGAGUAUCUGUUGCUUCAAAGUACCUUUUUUUGGCCACUAGUCCUUGUUCUAGCCAAUUUGGUGAAUGGGAUUAUCGUCUACGGACAUUUUUAAUAGAUCGAUUAGGUUUAUGGUAAUGCCAGGUGUAUUACCCCGACCACCCUGCACAGACAUAAUAGCUUUUUAUCCCUGCAGCACGCUAACAUGUUUCCAUGUCUUUUUUAUAUAGAUCUUUGAGAAAAAGAGACAGACGGAUGGACUUUAGGCACUAAUACAAGCCUGCAUGCCUUCGCUUUAGUUCCUUCUUUAUUUCUAUUGCAGCACCUUAAGCGCGUGUCAGGGAAUGUGUUUUUUUAAUGAAAAGCAUAAAUAAAGAAUAACUCAAGGCUAUUUGCUUUAAGACGGAAAUGGAUAAUGAUAUAUGAAAUAAUUUCUUUUAAAAUAUUUAGAUCAAUUGACAUGAUUGAAUAAUCAUCAAAUAAUGUAUUUUAGGACACUGAGUCUGCCUUUAUUGGAAAAUAGCUUGGCAAGUUUGAUAUGUAUAUAGUUUGGUCCUUGAUGUGAUGCAGAAUGAUAUGUCAAUGAUAUGGUUAUUUGGUAAUUAAAGCAGAAACGAUUUUGUUUAUUAACCAUUUUCUUUUGUAUAUUUUGUGACAAUAAAAAACAAUUCCAAUAGUAGCCUAUAUUGUUUUGCUGUCUGCCACACUGACAUCAUUUGACGGUAUGGGGGAGCACAGAGCAAUAGAGAGUGUCUUCUCUAUCAUUCUGGGGGAGCAGAAUGUCCCAUUCUUUCACUGCCCUCUCGUGGUCAUAACUUUUAUUGUAUAUAUAGAUUUUUAUAUAUUUUUUUUUAACAUCGAC